AUGGCCGCCAUCGUGCUUGAUGAUCCUAUGCAACCUCCGCCUGGUCCGAUCACAGUCAAACAAGCUCUAGAUGACCUGCAAGUAACGCUCAACCAAAUCCGGCGCAAGCUCAGAACCCUGAUUGAUUGGUACAUUUUCCCCGACAUUGUGCCCAACUCAAUCAAAGCCUACGACCCGCGCCUUCAGAUACUACAAUUACGAUUGAGAUCGCUCUCAACGGUCGACUUUCAGCAGUUGCCCUAUAUAAUCGAUGGCUCUGACACAGUCGCAGCUCAGUACCUGGGCGAACUCGUCGAGCAAAUGCAGCAUUCGGUGCGCGGGAUCCAGACGAUCUUCGUCGAGCACUACGACCGCGACCUACUCGAUCGUCGCCCCUUUGCCAUGGUCUGGGAUACGCUGCUCUACCGACACGACCAAAUCAGACAACUCCCGGCUCUCAAUCCAAGCAACCCCAGCCGGCGGAUGCCAGAAGACAUGCGCCCAGCCGGGCUGGGCAACUUCUGCCCCGGCGCGCUGGGCAUCAGUAACCGGCGAGACAGGGGUCGAAUUUCGUUUGUGGAGAAGAAAGAACUCAACGAGGACAACCGGCGCAAAUUGAAGGCCUUCGGCGGCGCGUACCUCAAUUGGCAAUGCCCGGACUGCGCGUAUAAAGUACGCUAUCAUGUCACGAACAGCACGACAUCCAACAUACAUACCACAGAUGAGGUGCGCGAGCAUCCCGAUCUGCUCAUCCAGUACCGCAGCUCGUUUCUGGCCAAGUGUCACUUAUUCCUUCCACGGGCCGAGAAGGUCUCGAUAUCAUCGAACGGGUCAUCCACGGCUAGGCGAGAAAGCCACGCUCACAUCAAAUACGGCUGUAUUUUCUGCUUUGCAACGGGGGAGGAGCUCGUGCGCGACUACACGGCUUUUACCACGGCGCGGGAUUUCGCCGAGCACAUUGCACACGAGCAUAGGAAUCCACUACCACCGAGUUUGCUAAUCCAUCGUUUUUCAGUUGCCGCUGAAGGAAAGACUGUGAUUGGAGGACGGUGGGAUUUGAAUUUCUUAUGA